AUAAAAAAAUGGCUCCGAAUAUAACCAGCACACCGACGGGAGUACUCUUCGAGGGCGAUACUAUAACUGAGACGCAACUGAUAAAGGAACCGAAAGAAAAAUCCAAAUACGUCAGGCGUAUUAUUUGGAAGAAUGUGGCAAUUUUCUCGUUUUUACAUCUCGGCGCUCUUUUCGGAGUUUAUCUCUCGUUUACAUCCGUCAAAUUAGCGACCGUUGUUUUCGCAAUCUUGUUAUAUCAAUGCAGCGGCUUCGGAAUCACAGCCGGAGCUCAUAGAUUAUGGGCACACAGAUCUUACAAAGCCAAGUGGCCUCUCCAGCUGCUGCUUAUGAUUUUUAAUAGUAUAGCGUUCCAGGAUGCCGCGAUCGUUUGGGCUAGAGACCACAGAGUUCACCACAAAUACAGCGAAACCGAUGCCGAUCCGCAUAAUGACGAGGGGUUCUUUUUCUCGCACGUAGGCUGGCUGCUUGUUAAGGAGCAUCCUGAGGUGACGGAAAAAGGCAAGGAAAUCGAUUUGAGCGACCUCGAGAGCAACCCUAUACUGGCAUUCCAAAAGAAAUAUUAUGUCGUGCUGGCGCCAUUCUUAUGUUUCGUUUUGCCUACUGUCAUUCCAGUCGUGUGUUGGAAUGAGACGUGGUUGAACGCUUAUUUUAUUCCCACCGUUUUGCGUUACAUUUUCACGUUGAAUAUGACGUGGCUGGUAAACUCCGCAGCCCAUAUGUUCGGCAACAAGCCUUACGAUAAAUAUAUCUAUCCGUCAGAGAACAAAGGUGUUACGAUAUUCACCCUCGGCGAGGGUUGGCACAAUUACCACCAUGUUUUCCCAUGGGAUUACAAGGCGGCCGAGUUCGGCAAUUAUAGUUUCAACUUUACGACGGCCUUCAUCGACUUCUUCGCGAGGAUCGGUUGGGCCUAUGAUCUGAAGAGCGUGUCCGAGGACAUGGUAAAAAAACGCGUGGAAAGAAUGGGCGACGGUAGUUACGAGGUGUGGGGCUGAGGCGAUAAGGAUCAGACGCAGGAGGAGAGAGAUCAGGCGGUAGUGACGCACAAUCAUACAAAAGAUCAGUAAGGUCGGGUGAGAGAUUCGCGACUAGGAUGUAAAGCUUCUCUCUCCAAAUUUAUCCACAGUUAAUCCAUUCCAUAAAAAUUCCAUAAAGGAUUUCAUGCAGUGGUUCCAUCGAGCCGGUCUUUCGGAACUUGCGUCUCGACCGUCGCGUCUCUCGACAUGUUAUCGCACGAUUAUAUGACGGGUUUUAUAUAAUAUCCUCAGAAGACUCGGUAUCGAGCAGAAAGUAUCUCAAUUUCUCAUAAUGUCGGUGGUGUUCUGGAUCGCGGAUGCCGUACUAACUCGGUAAAAUCUUUUUCAUCUACUCUCGAGAUAAAUCAAACUGCAUUUGUAAUUAUUCGUAAUAUGUACUGCUAUUACAUAAUUGUUUAACCGUUUUUAUAUAUAUUCAGUGGGUUAUACGGGUUUUUAAUAUGUGAUCGUAAUCAAGAAUACAUACAUUUAUAUAUAUGUACUAUUGAGAUACGAAUCAAAUAUAUUUUGUACUGUUGCCAAUGAAAUAACACAUAAAUUUACUGUAAUACUGCGCGAAAAUGAGAAAUGCAGAAAUAUAAAUUUAUUUUAAGGUAUAUACAGUAAUA